CAGGCUUGCUUUGAAGGGAAAUUCAAGACAGUUCCAGGCCCAUUUAAGCUCUUCUGGCAAUGCAUGCGCUCAAAACCUGGGGAGGAACCAACCGAGCCCUAUACCUACCUGCAGCUAGAUCCUCCGAGAAGGGUGGAAGUGAAUCUGGAGCAAACAGGAAGUGAACCUUGAACGAGCAUGCCUAGUUUACCAUCUCGUGCCGAUUUGUCUUCACCUUUCGAGCAGACUUUUUCCUCCUAGCAGGGAUCACAUCAUGUGAGCACAAAGCUGCAUAUGUUUGGAUGUUUAUAUAAUCUAUCUAAUAAACCAUGAUCCACAGAGCUGCCUGUCCAGGCUGCCAACUCCUUGAAAUUUGCUGAUGCUGGUGUAAGAAUUGUGCCCCCUUUCUUCUGAUAAAUGGUGCACGUCCAAGUCCA